AUGCCUCAGUUUAUGAAGAAUAAGGUGGCGUCAGUGGACGGCCGGAUCUCCGUGCCUUCCCUGAAGAGUAUGGCGGCCCUCAGCAACUCCCAGGUGUCUCUCAGCCAGUCCACCCUCGACCUCGCCGUCAUGGAGAUGCUGAACAUAACGCCGCAAAAUUCAAAGUUUUAUUUUUGCGAAGGAAACCCAAUUACAAAAUCGGGAAAGCGUCGCCAGAUGCAGAAAAUGAUUUUGUUCACCAUGUUGCCGAUCUUUGUCCUCCUCGGUCUCAGCGGCAGUUUGGCGGUACAAAAGGGAAUGGAGUACGGCCGAGCCGUGGAACUCCUUUCGAUAAUCCGACAGAGUAUCGAGCAGGGGGAGCUGAUAAAGAAUCUUCAAGACGAGAGAGACUUAAGCGCCCUCUAUGUCAGCUUGCUAGGGGACGAAAACAAGGACAUUCUUGUACAGCAAUAUCCCAUAACAGACACUACACUCGUGGGGUUGAAAUUCUGGCCAGAACUGGACACUCCAUCUUCCGUUUACCAAACAAGGAUGAAGUUUUUGAACCAUCUGAACAGGCACCGUUACCAGCUGGACUCGCUGUACCCCGUGUACCACGCCAAUGCCAACGUCCACGAGGAGAUUUCUUUCUACUCAGACAUCAUUACCCUGCUUAUCCGCUGGCUUUAUCAGAUGGCCACAGAGGUGGGGUCGGGGGAAGUCUGGAAACGGCUGGUGGCAUCCAUUGAGCUCACCACGGCCAAGCAGCACCUGGGUAUUGAGCGGUCCUUGGGUGGGCUCUUCUUCGCUCAGGGAGGGUUUGAGAAUCCCGAGGAAUACAUAUUGUAUAUCAAGCAUCAAGAUAUUGCAAACUCGUCCAUCUACUCUGCAAUGAGGUACUUUUAUAUGGUAGAAGAAAUGUUUGACGAGUCCCUGAUGUUCAACAACUCGGUAUUUGCGAACAUUCAGAGCAUGCGGUACAUAAUCACAGAGAAAGCGUUUAUUCCCCGAGAGCCGGAUAUUGAUAUGGGCCAUUGGUGGAUUGGCAACAUGAGCGUCGAGAUUAACACCAUAGCCCAGAUCCAGCGGACCUUGGCCAUGGGGAUGUUGGACAGCCUUACUGAGAGGCAACAUAAGGACGGAGUGAGCUUGGUCGGAGAGUUGUCAGUAGUUUCAUUCGUCCUGUUACUCUUUCCCAUCAUUAUCAACUCGGUGUAUGCCCUGACAAGCCAGAUGCAGAGCUAUUCAAUCACCCUGGCAGCCAGGACAAAGGCCUUGAACAAAGAGAAAAGAAGAGCAGAAAUGCUCCUCUACCGUAUGUUGCCGAAGUCAGUCGCCGAACAGUUACGAAAACAUGAAGAAGUCUCCGCCGAAGUUUUCAAGGAAGUCACCGUGUUUUUCUCCGAUAUUGUGGGAUUCACAGACAUAUCUUCAAGGAGUUCACCAAUUCAAGUGGUGAACAUGCUGAACACGCUGUAUCUGUGUUUUGACGCUCGUAUAGGACAAUACGACGUGUACAAAGUGGAAACUAUCGGAGAUGCCUACAUGGUGGCCUCAGGGUUACCCGAGAGAAACGGUAAGAGCCACUCUGUGCAGAUCGCCACCAUGGCCCUGGACCUGCUGGACCACAUCAGUCAACUGGAGAUUCCUCACAUGCCCGGACACCAGUUCCGCCUCAGGAUCGGCAUACAUACGGGACCUGUUGUGUCCGGCGUUGUGGGACUGAAGAUGCCACGGUACUGUUUGUUUGGUGACACUGUCAGUAUUGCCUCCCGUAUGGAGUCCCUGGGACUGCCGUCUAAGAUACACAUAAGUCAGUUGACGUUUGAAGCUUUGAGUGAAAUUGGUGGAUUUGUGAUGAAAAUACGCGAGGAGAAAGUUCUUCAGAACGAGAAAUUCAUGCGACUGACCUUGCGCGGCAAAUCGGACACUUACUGGCUCCUUGACCGGACCGGAAUGCGGCGGAAGACGCUGUGUCGUCAACCGGAUCAGUCCAGCUACAAUUCGGAUGACGGAUGCUGGCAGUCACCCCCCGCGAGGAGGGACCAUAACGUUGACCAGCUUGAUUACUAUAAUGGUCCUCAGGAUUUCGAAGACCAUAUGGAAGACCACAUGGAAACGUAUUCUUUCUACUAG